AUGCAGGAACCCAACCAGAAGCAGCUGACAUUGACACACCAACCAGACCUUGCACAAGAUGCUAGACGGCCUGACGAACUCUCGUUGACGGUUGAAUGCCACUGCCGACUGACCUCCCUUUCGCUCGCAAUUCCACGGUCUGCUCUCCCUCUGAAAUCGGCAGUCUGUCACUGUAAUUCAUGCCGACAUGCCACAGGACAACUCUUCGCCACGUUUGCCGUGCUACCGGUAGAAUUGCCUGAAGGAAUUUUCGACAUUGGCAGUCUGGUCCGAUAUGAUUCUUCUUCUUCCUGUGAGAGAUGGUUCUGCAAAAGAUGCGGCGCGUCAGUCCUCAACGUCGACAAAGGCACCACACCAGCAGAGUGGGAGGUCGGGACCGGCGUCCUCCACUUCGACGACGGCCUCGAGGGCAAACUGAACAGGGUGCAGCUCUGGGUUGAAGAUGUCAGCGGUGAUGGGGGUGCCGUGGUUUGGAUCAAUAGAGGACAGCUCGCAGGCAUGGACCGACAUCGGAAAGGUCGGCAAAGCGAAAUGGUCAGCUACGAACAGGUCAAGAGUCUCAUGCAAAGGAGCGUUGAGGCAUCGAGCACGCAAGGAUCGCGCGACGGUGAGCGGAUGCAGGUUCGUUGUCAUUGCCGAAACGUGGCAUUCUCCUUGGCCUGGCCGAGUCAAGACUUCAAUCACUGCACUGGGAAGUUCGAGGCAAGUCUCGAUGCCUGUACCUCCUGUCGAAGAGUCAGUGGCUUUGAGAUAACCAGCUGGAUCACAGUUCCCAAACAGUUGUUGUGCGUCACUGCGGCCAAUAGUCUGGACACCUUCCUUGCUGAUAGGACAAGGCUGGGACAUUAUCAGACAUCAUCCGAUGUGAGUCGCUACUUUUGUGUCAGGUGUGGCGCGACUGUCUUCUACCACAAGCACAACCUCAAGACGAUCGAUAUAGGGGUGGGGCUGCUGGAUUCAGGAAACGAAGGGAAAGCUCGGGCAGAAGAAUGGCUGGCGUGGCAGCCAUAUCCCAAGGGUCUGUCAUAUCCAGAGGAUGCGGUGGACAAGGACUUUGUGACAAACUUGACAGAGGGCAUGAGAUUGGCGGAGGAAGUUGUGGACUGA